UACCGGGAAUUAAAAAUCUGACGUCCAGCGCUGCGCGACGGACUCUGUCGGUUCUGGAAGGAGGAGUUAAAACUCAACAAAAUGCAUUUUUGGGGGAUUUUGAUGCUGAUGGCGACUCUGCAGGUUGUUGUUCUGUGCGGAGAGGCCGAGCCUUCGUUGUCAAGCAAGCAGGGGUUGUUGCCAUGCACGAGGGGCUUUACUCAGAAGGAAUACAUCAUCGAAAUGGACCAAGAGUUGGCAAAGGGACAGGCUGUCUUCAACGUGAGCUUCAUGGACUGCGGUGGAGGGAGGCUGUGGUUCGAGGUUGGAGAUCCUUCUGAUUUCAGAGUGAGUGAGGACGGUGUGGUCUACGCCCUGCGGCACCUCAGCCUAGCUGGGAAGGGAAAAGCCAUGGUGGUGGUCUACGCUCGAGACUCACAGUCCAAGCAGGUCUGGAAGACCAGAGUCCACCUCCACACACGAUCGCAACAGGUAAAGCCCAGUGAUGCAACACUGACUCAGCGGGUACCAGAGAUCUUGUUUCCAUGGCGCAGCGUGGUUGUCAGGGGUGAUGGCAGUCUGAGGAGGGUGAAGAGGGACUGGGUCAUUCCACCUAUCAACGUCCCUGAGAACUCACGAGGACAGUUCCCUGAGGACCUAGUCAGAAUCCGCUCGGACCGGGAUAAGAACCGGAUGCUGCGCUACAGUGUGACGGGCCCCGGGGCUGACCAGCCUCCGACCGGUAUCUUCAUCAUCAACCCGAUCUCAGGCCAGCUCUCCGUCACCAAGCCUCUGGACAGGGAGCACAUCUCCAACUUCCAUUUGCGAGCCCACGCUGUGGACCUGAAUGGGAAUCAGGUGGAGAACCCCAUCGAUAUUGUCAUUAACGUCAUUGACCAGAACGACAACAGACCAGAGUUCACACACACCAUCUUCAACGGCUCUGUACCGGAGGGAUCCAAGCCUGGAUCAUUUGUGAUGACAGUGACAGCAGUGGACAAGGAUGAUCCAAAAACUGCCAAUGGGAUGCUGCGAUAUAAGAUCCUCUCUCAGAAUCCCCAGAGCCCCUCCUCCAACAUGUUCACCAUUAACAACAAGACUGGUGACAUCAUCACUGUGGCAGCAGGCCUCGAUCGGGAGAAAGUCACCCAGUACACUCUGAUCAUCCAGGCUACGGACAUGGAGGGCAACCCCACCUACGGCCUGUCCAACACAGCCACCACUGUCAUCAGGAUUACUGAUGUCAACGACAAUCCCCCUGAAUUCACCACAGACACAUUCUUCGGGGAGGUUCAUGAGAACAGGGUGAAUGUGAUUGUUGCUAACCUGACUGUGACGGAUAAAGACCAGCCUCACACUCAAGCCUGGAGCGCUGUGUACCGCAUCAUCGCUGGAGACCCCACCGGCCGCUUCUCCAUCCCCACUGACCCCACCACCAACGAGGGCCUGCUCACUGUGGUCAAGCCUAUCGAUUUUGAGCUGACUCGUUCCUUCAUGCUGACGGUGGAGGCAGAGAACGAGGUGGCACUGGCCCGUGGCAUCCACCUGCCUCGUCAGUCCACGGCAACUGUCUCUGUGCGAAUCCUAGACAUGAACGAGAGUCCAGAGUUCAGCCCCAACCCCAAGUCCAUCAAACUGGAGGAGGGGCUACCUGCCGGGUCUCUGCUCACCACUUUCACUGCCCAGGACCCAGACCGCUUCAUGAGACAAACUGUCCGGUACUCCAAGAUGUACGACCCUGCCAACUGGCUGGAGAUUGACCCGGUUAACGGUCGGAUUUCCACCAUCGCCAUUCUUGACCGAGAGUCCCCCUACGUCAAGAACAACCUCUACAACGUUACCUUCAUGGCUUCUGAUAACGGUAUCCCUCUUGCCAGCGGGACAGGCACCCUUCAGAUGUACCUGCUGGACAUAAAUGACAAUGCACCUCAUGUGUUCCCCCCUGAGGUGGAAAUGUGUGAGAAACCAGAUCCCAACGCCAUCAACAUCACAGCCAGUGACCCCGACCUGACCCCUAACGCUGGACCCUUCGCCUUCGAGCUGGCCAGUCGUCCAUCAGACGUCCGACGUAACUGGACGCUGAGUCGCCUUAAUGGCGAGUAUGCCCAGCUUCGACUGCGGAUCGGCUCCCUGGCCAGUGGGAUCUACGAGGUUCCCAUCAUGAUCACGGACUCUGGCAACUUGCCCAUGUCCAACACGUCCUACCUGAGGGUCAAGGUCUGUCAGUGUGAUCACCAUGGAGACUGUGUGGACAUGGAGCGAAUCAUUGCUGCUGGACUGGGCACGGGAGCCAUCAUCGCAAUCCUCAUCUGUAUCAUCAUACUAUUAGUGCUGGUGCUGCUGUUUGUGAUGUGGAUGAAGAGGAGGGAUAAGGAGCGGCAGGCCAAGCAACUCCUCAUUGACCCAGAGGACGACGUCCGAGACAACAUCCUGAAAUAUGAUGAGGAGGGAGGUGGAGAAGAGGACCAGGACUACGAUCUGAGUCAGCUGCAGCAGCCUGAUGCCCUGGAGUCAGAGUGUGUCAAAGUGGGGAUCCGACGUUUGGAUGAGAGGCCCCUCCAUCACGACCACCAGUACCCUCUCCGCUCUGCUGCCCCCCACCCAGGUGAUAUAGGAGACUUCAUCCAUGAGGGCCUGAAGGCAGCAGACAACGACCCCACCGCCCCCCCCUAUGACUCCCUGCUGGUGUUUGACUAUGAGGGCAGUGGCUCCACCGCUGGCUCCCUCAGCUCCCUGCACUCCUCCUCAAGCUGCGGAGACCAGGACUACGACUACCUCGGCGACUGGGGGCCGCGCUUCCGCAAGCUGGCUGACCUGUACGGCGGAGGGGAUGAUUAGCACCCUAAACCCCCACCAACAGCAACCACCUCUCCACCCCACCCUUGCUCCAAGGCUCAGGUGGUGGGUGGGAUUGAUGAAAGAGGAUAUGGGGUAAACAUGGGGUAUGGAUUGACACUUCUGUAUUACCACAGGACAGCUUGUAAAGAGACUUGCAGCCCCUUGACGACGGUUGAUGACACUAGGGACCAUUCUGACUCCUGGCCAAGCAAGGCCUGGCACCGGCUAGCAUUCAGGCUAAUGGACAUUAUCAUCUGAGCGUUAGCCCCUGUGCAAACAAAUGUGAGCAGCCAGAACAAUGCACUCAGAAGAGAUGUUGUCUCUGUGAUGGUUAAGAGCUUCGACAGCCAUGUUACAGACGCUCAUUUACACUUGAAUCUCACAGUACAGGAGCACUGGGGUCAAAUGUGCCUUUUUGUACAUUCUUUUGAUUGUGUUCGGUCUCAAUUCUGUAUGUUGCUUUAAAGCUCCCGGUGUUUUGCAGCAGCAACUGGAGGAGCACUUCGCCAUGAUAAUGAGUGUGUGUGUGUGUUCAGGUUAUACGUCAUUACCUGUAUGUGUGUGUGUGAGAGUGCGUGUGAGUCAUUUACACAGAGACACACUGGAUGGACACUCUAAAGGGCAGAGCCUACUAUGAGACACCUUGGAUGAUCCUACCAGCAAAAACAUGGCUUUACUGUACGGCUCUGGGUAUUGAAGGAUUUUUUUUUAUCUGAUUCAGUCAGAAAAUUACAGUUUCACUUGCAUAUAGCACAAUGUGUAGAUCUCAAUCAAUCAGUUAGCAGAAUCUCUGAAGUGGCUUUCUCCUCUGACCAGAAGCUCAUUCACAACUGUUGUCAUUACAACAACUUUCUUUGUGAUACAGCACAUAUAUUUGUUACAUUUCUUACAUGUCUCCAUGGCUUUUUGAGGCGCAUAUCUGUGUUCAUAAACGGCAGGCUCAUUUCACGACAUUGCUCUGGUAUUAAUGUGACUGAUGCCCGUGCUGACGAUGCAAGCUGAGAUCAGAAGUUUCAAUUUCCUUUCUGCUCUCCUUCAAUGAUUUUCCUCUGUUAACUCUGAUCAUUCAACAUCACAUUGUGUCAAAGCUUUGAUUGAAUUGCUCUAAAAGAAUGUCUGCCUCUCCUGACAACGCUGUUAGAUAGUCGAGGACAUUUAGUACCACAAUGAAUUAAAAGAACUUCCUUUCUGAAUCCAGGAGGUUUUUACAAGUAGAGAAUGUUAUUUGCAGUGCAGUUUAAAUGGUGUGGUUAUGUCCUUGCUGCGCCUUCACAAAUGGAAACUUUAAAUGGGAUGUAGUUUAGCUUAUUUGCAGGAUGACAAAAAUACAGAAGCAAAGUGGUGAAAAACACAGUGAUAAAAUAUAACUUCCAUUUAUGUGUUUGUGCAGAUGAAUGAAAAAAGAAAGCAUAAACAACAACAAAGAAUCAAGGCCAGGAGCAAAGAAAGUGAAUCUGAAAACAUUUGAAGCACGUUUGGUUGCAGAGCAACAGUGAGAUCUAUGAAAUAACACAUAUAUUAAAAUUCCCAUCAUGAAGGAAAUUCAUUGAGUAAUGAAAUAUGCAAUGAAUAUGACAUCGAGAGCAGGAGUGAAUGUGUGUGUGUAGGUCCAGCAGUCACAGUCUGGUAGGAGUUUAUAUUUACAGAUGAAUAUGUAUAGUAUGUUUGAUGAACAGGUUGUGAACAGAAUAUAAAGUGAUUGCUGUAUGACUAAUAUACAGGUCUGCAGCUUAAAAUGACCAAUCCAACACCUUUCCAGUGUAAUGUGUGGAUCUGCAGCAGAAUGGUGCGAAGGUAGAAGAGCAGAAUGUGAAAAAGAGGCAGAAAAGCCAUUAAACAAACUGCUAUCUCUGCGUCUGCAAAUACAUAUUUCUGACAAUUAGGCGUGACAAACAUGAAUUUCAGGAAUGAAGUUGAUGUCACUUCGCUAAUUUUGCUUAUUGCACUGGAACAGUGGUGUUGCUUCUUUUGAGCCAUCUGGAGAUAUUUUGAUGUGUUAGCAGGAAAUAGUUUGGUGUAGGGUUAUGUUACUCUGACAAAUUCUGGACAGAUUUUCAUCACAUUUUACAUGGAUAUCCACGGUCGCCCAAAGUCAAAUGUGAAGAUGAAAGGUUCCACUUGCACAAAACAAAUAUUAAAUCUACAGCAAAUAUAGAAUAACAUCUCUUAUAUAUAUCUGGGUAUGCAUGUACUAUUCAUCUACAAAAUGUCAAACAUCAGCUAAAAAUCUGUUAAUUCAAUCUAUUAUUGUUUAUCCUGACUCUUCUUCCAAGUCUAGACUCCAGCUGCAUCACUGUUUCUACACGAAAAUGAAAUCAAGACAAGAAACUAAUUGUAGGUUGCCAUGACAAAUUCUAAACAUGGCACAGUUUAAGGUAACAGGAAUCUCACAGCCAUAAACUAUGUUUGAGCCAGGUGAGUUUAGAACUGAAAAUACUACAGAGCAGCUGAACCACGCUCAACCCAACAAAACAGAAACAGAUGGAAAGUUUGUGUUGAACUCUGAUAGAGUCAAUAUUCCUGAGCAAUAAACCAGCUAAUGUGUCAUAUACACCAAAAAAUGUCGCCAAUACAAGCUCUGUAUUCCAGUUUGUAUUUGGGAGAGGGGCAAUUAAUUAAACGAGAACAACUGUUUUUGGAAAAACUCUUUAGAAGAAACACUUUAUCAAACUGUCAGGAAAGUUCACCCUUUCGUCUUGUUCUGUCCUUUGUAAGAGUUAAUAGUGAAAUCAAAACCCCCUGUGUUGAAGUAUGUUUUCACGUGCAGUUAAUACUUCUGCUGGCAGGCACAAUGAUUUUCCUUGACAGUAAACAUGCUGCAGACAGUCUUUGAGCUCUGUGACAGUGCUUAUCCUUGGCAGAGUGACUGAUUCACGGGUUUGAGUUUCCUGUACCUUUAAAAUCAAAUGGGCAAAUUGCAGUGAAGUUUUAGAGCAGCUUCAUGUUCUUCAAGGGUCUUUUGACCUUUUGAGUUAAAAAUCCCUGCAUCAUUUUCAGGGCCGGGUGGUUAGACUGUAUGAAUAGCACUUUCUCCUGUUGAGUCACAGCCUUUCACAGUGUUGCUGUGCAGAGUUUCUGUUGGUGGGAGGCAGAUGCUGGUCAAACCCAGAGCUGUACAAAAGAGCUGCAUAUUUUUGCCAGUGUGGUGUUCCAAAGCUAGUGAGAAGACAUGUACAGUAAUGCUAGACUCUAGAUAGAUACCUUCUGUUUUUUGUUUUGCUUUUAUCACAAUGUAACUUAUGCAGCUGAUUGCUAAUAAAGGGAGACAUCAGUCCUUGUUUUGUAGCAAAAGUACUUCUUGAUACUCUGCUGUGGUGGAUUAAAUACAAAAAAGGCAAUGUUUCUUCUGUCUGCUGAUGAUUUGCCUUAGUGUUCUCUGGUACUCUCCAACUGGCUACUCACUGUAAACUGAAAUAUGUACAGAUUGUAUUUUUUUCUCUUGUUGUUCUUUUGGCUGUGGUCUCUGAAAAUGACAUGCUAAUAUCUUGAAUCCUUGUA